UGCGACUUCAGCUCAGGAAGGGGUUAAAACGAACUGGAGGAGGCUCAGCAGCAGCUGCGGCGGUAAACUCGCUAGCAUGGGUGGAGUGAGAUGUUGACAUGAAAAGCCGCAAAUUAGCCGUGAAGAAAUUUCCGGGGGAGGCUGCGUGAAAAAGAGAAGCCGCAAAAAGGGCGUCUAAAAGUAGCCGCAGCGUCCAAAGUGUCUUAAAUUCGACGUAAACUGCAGCUAAUAUGAAUGAUGUGAGCGAGGAGUCUCUGCUGGAUUACUUCUACGACACUGCGGGCAGCUCAGGCAAAGUGAGAAAUGCAGACAUACUGAAGACUUUUAAGCCUUUUAUUGGCCACAGUGACGUGCAGUUGCGUGCUAAAUACAGAGAGGAAUUCAAGCUCAUUAUUGACAGAAUUGCUGUGGUCAAGUCUGAAAAUGGAGAUAAGUACCUUUUCCUCAAGAAGAAAUACAGACAGCUGCUGCUAGCACGAGACAAAGACAAAACUCACGGGUCCGAUGCGGACGGGCAUAGACUUUCGAGUCCCUCCACGGUGCCAGCGACAGCACAGAGGGAGGCAACAGAAAGGGAAUGUCGGGAUGAGCUGAUUACCUACGGCGAGCCAGACAGUGCUGCAGAGUGGGAAUCUGAGCAAGACGAGGAGUCGACGGGUAGUAUGGGAUCUGCUGCAGUCGCACUGGACCCUUUAGAAAAAGAGUGGAUCUACUUUGCGGCUGGUGCUCGAGUUCCUGACCUCUCUCAUCUGCUUCGACAAGACCCAUCACUUGCCAACAAGAAGGACUUCACAUCAGGGGUGAGUUUCUUUGCUCCUAAACUAUUUACACUGUUCAAGUUCUUUUAUUUUUUUUAUUUGAGAUACAAGCGGGCGCACGAUGCUUGCCUGCCCUCAGACCUGCGUUCCGCUUGUGUAACUUUCAUGCAGUCAGAUUGUGUGAGUUUAAGGUUGCGAGUGAACAUGUGUGAAAGCACCCUCACGUUAUGUGUUUGUGUCUCUGCUCCCAUUAUGACGUGGACCUCGCACCCUGCUGGGACCUGCUCUUCCUCUCGGGCCACACAGUUUACUGCUCUGCAUUGGGCUGCCAAACACGGCAACGAGGACAUGGCAACUCUGAUCGCAAAUGCCGGCGCUGAUGUCAACACCAAAUCGGGUUAUACACCUUUACACAUCGCGGCGCUGCAUGGACAUCGGAACAUUCUUGAUCUGCUCGUAGGGACUUAUGGUGCUAAGGAGAAUUUGAGGGAUUACAGUGGCCGUCUUGCUUUGCAUUAUCUCAAUCCGAAAGAAGCAGAAGGUCCAGAGGAGGACUGCGAGCUGCCAGCCGAAUUCCAAGUGUCCCAGGCCAGAGAGCGUAACAAGAACAGGAAGUUGGUGUCACUCUUCCAGUCCAAGAAGAAGUGGGGCUCUGCCGAGGACCUGGAACCCAUCGAGGAAGAGAGAACGACGACGCAUCAGCUGGCCGUUCCCGCUUUCAGACCCAGGAAGUUUUCACGCUGAGGGACAAUGGACACUCAGGACUGUUCUGCAAGUUGAAUUCAGUUUUUACAAUCUGCUUAAUUGUGAAUGCGGCUUUUGCACUUUGCUUAAUUGCUGCAUUGGUUUUGAACCAUCAAUUAUCUGUGGACACCAACAUCCUCCAUACAGCUUCUAUCUGUAGUAUCUAUUAUUAUUUUGUGACUACAUCAGUAUUUACACUUGAAUGGAUAUUGCCUUACGCUACAUAUAGAACCAGCUAGCCUUGGAGCUCCGGGUCAUUUUAAAGUUAUCGAAUUCUCUUGUGUUUAUGUUUACACUUUCAUCCCUUAAACCAAAAAAUAGCUUUUAUUGUGAAAAGCUAAUUAACUGCCUAAAAAGUGAAUGCUUUAUUGCUGUAGUUUGAACUAACUGCAGAUUUGAUCCAAAACAACCACUACGUACUGGCUCAUACCUGCACAGUUAGCGCUCAAUCUUGUUUGCUGGAAAGCUCUUAGAUUUUAUGCCAUGUUAAACUUUUUUAUGCACUUAGAUGAGAUGAGAGCAAACAUAAUUGGCUUGAAAGGGAGCUGUGUGCAGUGACUUUUUUCUACCACCCCCCAACCAUUGUUUUCAUACUGCUAACUUGUAAAUUUUAGGUGAUUAGCACAUUGCCUUCGGGUUUUAAUACCUAGGUUAAGAAGAUCAUCUAAAAAUUGUGACCUGUUAAACGACUACUGGGACAUUUACAGCAUGAGUAGGGGGGAGGGGGGUGGGGUUACACAUUCUAAAAACUAACCAAAAGUCUGCAAAGUUUGAUGUCAGAUGAUGGCUCAAGGUGUCACUUGGCUGCCAUUUGGAGUUCAGACGAUGUGAAUUUGUAUGGUAAUUAACGUUUUCAUGCUGGCAUCGGAUAAUUAAGUGCCUUAAUUAAGUUUAGCGCUAGUUUUUACUUGUCGAUGCCAUUUGCAGUGUUACUGUGCCAAUUUAUAUUUCAAAGGGAAUUCUGUUUUUUUUUUUUUUUACUGUUGAAAGGCGAUACUUGCAAUUUGUAACUCAGUUACUUGUACCAACCGUGACUGUUGUUUAAACAAUAUAAAUACAUUGUUUAUAUGUAUUGAA